ACACCGAUUGAUUUCAACUGCUCUGCGGCCGCUAGAGCAACAAGGUCCAGCUUUGGAUAUCUUCAACGAAAUCAAAGAGCAACUUUCAAGUUGCCCGGAACGCACUCGUGCCAUUUGUCGCACUGUAUGGGGCGCGGUAUCUUCCCUUAGCACAGCGCUAACCAGCGGCAGCAUCGAAGACGGCGACGCGCGGGACGACGGCGGUGGAAGAGGUGGAGGUGGAAGCGUUGGCGAUCCAUACUGGUGCACUGCCCCAGCAACAGCAGCAAUAACAACAGCAGCGGCGGCAUCAAGCAGCAGUCGCUUUGCCACCAUAAUGGGCGCAGUUAAAUCCCGAACUAUUACCAAUGCCGAUGUCGAUGAGACAGUGCCGCCUCAACAGCAGCACAGCUCGCAUUCGAUGCUGCGCAAUGGACACCAUUACACAGCCAAUGGCUCCAGCAUUGGCGGUACAUUACAGAAACAGGAUCUGCGAUAUGACAUCGGCUCCAGUUCACAAUACCAUCAUGUGCGACAGCCCAGCGUUCGGAGUCGCAGUCAGCAGCCCAUGCCCACAACGGAUGAAUUGGAUCGACGUUUCGCCAAAGUUUUAGCCUCCAUGGAUUUGCCGCCGGACAAAGCAAAGCUUUUGCGUAACUAUGAUGAUGAAAAGAAGUGGGACAUGAUAUGCGAUCAAGAAAUGGUGCAGGCCAAAGAUCCGCCCUCACAUUACUUGAGCAAAUUGCGCACAUACUUGGAUCCAAAGGCGUCGCGUAGUCAUCGGCUUUACCUCUUCUACUUUCUUUGUCAGAAACGUAAGAUGGUCGGCGAGUCGACAUCCACACAGGUGCUCCGGGAUCUCGAGAUCUCGUUGCGCACCAACCACAUCGAGUGGGUGAAAGAGUUUCUCGAUGAUACGAAUCAGGGCCUUGACGCCCUUGUCGAUUAUCUGAGCUUUCGUUUGCAAAUGAUGCGGCAUGAGCAGCGAUUGCAGGGCGCGCUCUGCGCCUCCGAAGACCUCUUGAACAUCACAAGUACGGGCGAUGCUGGCGAAUUGACUCUGGGCAAUAGUUCCAUGAGUCCCGGAGGCGGUGGAGUGGGCGGCGUAGGCGGCGCCAAUUCGAGUGGUCUGGGCAAUGGCUCCCUGCUGUUGGACAACUCACGUCAACAGUCCACUCAUGGCGGCAACCACACGUUGUCCUAUGGAUUUCUGCGACCCGCAAUUGCCGAUGGCCUGGACAGUCCCAGCUUGAAGCGACGAUCGCGUCAUAUUGCCAAACUAAAUAUGGGCGCUGCCACGGACGACAUACACGUGAGCAUUAUGUGCCUGCGAGCGAUAAUGAACAAUAAAUAUGGGUUUAAUAUGGUGAUUCAACAUCGGGAGGCCAUCAAUUGCAUUGCAUUGAGUCUCAUACACAAGUCGCUGAGGACGAAGGCGCUCGUGCUGGAGCUGCUGGCAGCCAUAUGUCUGGUUAAGGGAGGUCAUGAGAUCAUUCUCGGCUCCUUUGAUAAUUUUAAGGAUGUGUGCCAGGAGCAGCGACGCUUUCAGACUCUCAUGGAGUACUUUAUGAACUUUGAGGCCUUCAACAUUGACUUUAUGGUCGCGUGCAUGCAAUUUAUGAACAUUGUCGUCCAUUCCGUUGAGGAUAUGAACUAUCGCGUGCAUCUGCAAUAUGAAUUUACGGCUUUGGGUCUAGACAAAUAUCUAGAACGCAUACGCCUAACCGAGUCUGAAGAGCUGAAGGUUCAAAUAUCGGCCUAUUUGGAUAACGUAUUCGAUGUGGCCGCCUUGAUGGAAGACUCGGAAACGAAGACCGCUGCACUGGAACGCGUACAAGAGCUGGAGGAUCAGCUCGAGCGUGAAAUUGAUCGCGGCUCGGAAUAUUUGUAUAAAUUCACAGAGCUCGAAACGGAGAACAUGGCUCUGAAGACGGAACGCGAACAGCUGUGUGUGAUGCGACAAAAGCUAGAAGAUGAGUUGACGGGACUGCAUCGAGUGGUCCAGCAGAAUGAGCAGGAGCUGAAGAAACGCGAUUCCCUGCUGCACAGCAAGAACUUGGAGCUGCAAACAUUAACGCGUUCACUGCCACGUUCGGCCUCCAGUGGCGAUGGAUCGCUCGUAAAUGGCGGUGGCCUGUUGACGGGUGCGGCAUCAUUGGCCUCUGUGGCGCCGCCACCGCCUCCUCCACCCAUGCCUGUGACAGCAGUAGCUGCACCUCCGCCUCCACCGCCACCUGCACCGCCAGCGCCGCCUCCACCGCCCAUGAUGGGUAGCCCCUUAGGCAGUCCCAAUGGUGGUCCAGCCUGCCAUGCCAAUUCUCCGCCAAAUGCGCCCGCCAUGCUCAGUUCGUUCCAGCCACCGCCGCCACCCGUGGCUGGCUUUAUGCCAGCGCCCGAUGGCGCCAUGACCAUCAAGCGGAAAGUGCCCACCAAAUACAAGCUACCCACGCUUAAUUGGAUAGCACUUAAGCCCAAUCAGGUUCGUGGCACCAUUUUCAACGAAUUGGACGAUGAGAAAAUCUUCAAGCAAAUCGAUUUCAAUGAGUUUGAGGAACGAUUCAAAAUUGGUAUUGGCGGCGCGCUCCAUAAUGGCAGCAAUGGCAGCGAGGUCGAUGGCACCCUGCAAAACUAUCCCAGUAAACGCUUCAAGAAACCCGAUCAUGUGUCGCUGCUUGAACACACGAGAUUACGAAACAUAGCAAUAUCUCGCCGUAAGCUGGGAAUGGCUAUAGACGAUGUCAUUGCCGCCAUACACAGUUUGGAUUUGAAAAAGCUGUCGCUGGAAAAUGUGGAGCUGUUGCAAAAGAUGGUUCCCACAGAUGCUGAGAUGAAGGCAUACAAGGAGUACAUCAUCGAGCGAAAGGAUCAGAAUCUCCUCACCGAAGAAGACAAAUUCAUGCUACAGCUUUCUCGCGUUGAACGCAUUCCCUCCAAGCUGGCGAUCAUGAAUUACAUGGGCAACUUUGUGGAUAGUGUGCACCUGAUUAGUCCGCAAGUGCAGUCCAUUGCCAGCGCCUCCAAUUCCCUCAAGCAGUCGCGAAAGUUCAAAGCUGUACUUGAGAUAGUGCUGGCCUUUGGCAACUAUUUGAACAGCAAUAAGCGUGGGCCGGCCUAUGGCUUUAAACUGCAAUCGCUGGAUACGCUCAUCGACACCAAGUCAACCGAUAAACGCUCAUCGCUUCUGCAUUAUAUUGUGGCCACCAUACGUGCCAAAUUCCCGGAGUUAUUAACAUUCGAGUGUGAACUCUAUGGCACGGACAAAGCAGCCUCUGUGGCGCUUGAGAAUAUUGUCACUGAUGUCCAAGAGCUGGAGAAGGGAAUGGAUCUGGUGCGCAAGGAGGCAGAGUUACGUGUUAAGGGAGCACAAACGCACAUAUUGCGUGACUUUUUGAACAACAGUGAGGACAAGCUGAAGAAAAUCAAGAGCGACUUGCGACAUGCCCAAGAUUCGUUUAAGGAGUGCGUGGAAUACUUUGGAGAAUCGUCGCGAAAUGCAGAUGCCGCUGCCUUCUUCGCGCUCAUUGUACGCUUUACCCGCGCCUUUAAGCAACACGACCAGGAGAACGAGCAAAGACGACGCCUGGAGCAGGCCGCUGCCCAGGCUGCCUCGAAGAAGGAAAGCGAUCAGGUGCUAAUGCGCAACAAGGUCAAUCAGAAGAAACAACAGUUGCCUACACCUUGCGCGUUGUCCUUGCAGGAUGCCGUCAUCAAUGAGCUGAAGAGCAAGGCGCAUUCGGUGCGCGAAAAGAAGCUGCUGCAACAGGAUGAGGUCUAUAAUGGGGCGCUGGAGGACAUACUAUUGGGUCUAAAGAGUGAACCUUAUAGGCGUGCGGAUGCCGUUCGUCGCUCCCAGCGCCGUCGCAUUGACAAUAAUCGUUUGUCGCGCACGCUGGAGGAAAUGGAUUGCUAAGCUAAAUUUGUUGGUGGCAAGGAUGAAGCAAAAGUGAAAAUCAAAAUUUAACUAAAAACAAAUACUGCAAUAUGUGAUUGGGCGAUUAAAUUGUUUGGACACACGCACACAUUCCCCACCCUGUACUUUCUUCGAACGUUUCCUUUCCAAUAUUAUUUUUAAAAUUUAGUUUUCAUCGCAUGUUUUUACCGCAACUCGAAUCCGAACUCUCGAACUCACGAACUUGUACUUUUCAGUACGCUCUGUGAAUCUCAUUUUUGAUACAGUUUUUAUCGCCAAAAUUUUGUUUCGCGUUUUAUUUGCAUAGGAAAUAAGCAUUAAAAUUUUAACCGUGUAUUUAUCAAAUUUUAUUGUUAAAUAAUGAUUUAAAUUUAAUUUGUGUAAAUAUAUAUGCAUAGAAAUACAUA